AUGACCAGUCGGAAGAGACAGGCCCCAGAUCCUCUACUCCCAGUGCGUUCUGCUAAAUACCAACGCACAGAAGAGAACCAGGGUAUUUGGAAUCGUUGGCGUCAACUUGGAACUGACGCAUUCACACUUGGCUACGAAACGGUGUAUCUCAAGCCGCGUCCCGACAGCCGGAAAAAACCUAAUCAAAUCGGCUCUUUACCCUCGCAAGCUACCUACUCAGCCUUGCCACCUUGUCUGCCUAUACCAGAAGAGUUCCAUAAAGACUCACAACCAAUGGCAGGCCGCUCGCGGCUUUCAUCUUCUUUACAAUCGCAUUCAGAAUCUUCGAAUGCACUCAAUGGAAACGGAAACUCACCUCCCUCAACCCUCACCGGACACACCUCGGUCACCCCGGUUCCCUCGACAUCGAAGGGACACGUUCAACACAGCCAGUCGUAUGACUUCAUAGGAAGUUCCGCGCACGGGCGAGGAGUGGUCGGCGGUAUUCGUCCUCGGCGGAGUCGAGAUCAUAUAUAUGCUCGUGUUCACAAAGCCAAAGUACAAGAUGAUAGGAAAAAGGACCGCGAAGAGCUGGUGCAAGAACUCUUCCAUUACAAACGCUCUACUGGAUAUACCUCAGAUUUUGAUUCUUUUAAAUCUUUGAUUAAUUACCAAGCUCGACUUGAAAUUCUUGAACGACAUGCACUUUCGCCUUCACCAUCACUAACAGAUCUGCGUGUAAAGCAGUCCUCGCCUGGGCUCUCUCGUAGGCACUCGUUCUCAGAUGAUGUUGAUCCCGACUUCCUAGAACGUGCACUUAGAAAGGCCAGGAAGUCAUUUGAGCUUCCGCCACCUAAACCGUUCUCUCCAUCACAUGAUCGUCUCCGUUUAUCGGCGCGCCACAGAGACGAAGCCAUUGAGAAGCGUCUGCGACCAAAGCUACCCAAGGUUCUACCUCCCGACGCUGACACACAAGUCAACGCGCUCCUGUGCAAGAAAGGAGUCAUUUCCAAGGUUGCUCGAGAAUCUGUUAAUGAUCGCGACCUAUCUCGGUUACUGCCCAGUCAGUGGUUGAACGACGAAAUUAUGAACUUUUAUGGUGCGAUGAUCUUGACGCGCUCGGAGUCCAACCGCGACCCCACCGCAAAGAGAAAGAUGCUGGAUGUCCACUAUUUUAGCACCUUCUUUUGGCCAAAGCUGAAAAACGAAGGCUAUGAGCAGGGGCGGCUAGCGAAAUGGACAAAGAAGAUUGAUAUUUUUUCGAAAGACGUCAUCCUUAUUCCUAUCAACCACAACAAUUCUCAUUGGACCGGGGCUGCCAUCAACUUCCGUCGAAAGCGGAUAGAGUCAUAUGACAGCAUGAAUCUUGACCGACAUCAAGUCUUCAAGGCCUUGCGGAGUUAUCUGGAUUCGGAACAUAGAAACAAGCGAAAGAAACCUUUUGACUUCACUGGGUGGCAGAAUCACAAUCCUGAGGACACACCACAACAGGAGAAUGGUUAUGACUGUGGCGUGUUCACGUGUCAGUUCUUGGAAUCCUUGUCUAGAGGGGAGGAAGAAUUCCAUUUCUCGCAGCGGGACAUGGCGUACUUGCGACGGCGGAUGAUUUGGGAAAUUGGCCAUGCCAAGUUCCUGGAUGGCCCAUGACAAUGGGUCUCCACGCAUUGCUCUUUUUA